AUGGAUGGGGACAACGAUCUCUGUGUGCUCCGACGCCGUUUAGCUGAGGCUGGGCAGAGCCACCUGCUCCAUUUUUGGGAGGAGCUGCCUGCAGAGGAACAGCAAGAGUUAUGCAUGGAGUUGCAGAAUAUGAACUUGGAGGAGCUGGGCCAGGCCUUCCAGAAGGCCAUGAGGAACCCGGACCGUCUACCAGGGAAGGAGAAUGUGGAUGCCAGGAUGGCGCCUGUGCCAUGGGAUGUGUUGGGGAGUACAACCCGAGACCGACUUCAGCUGCCACUCUGGGAGGAAGAAGGUCUCCGCCAGAUUUCUCAGAGCAAUGUAGCUGUUCUCCUCCUAGCCGGUGGACAGGGGACGAGAUUGGGUGUCUCCUACCCAAAGGGAAUGUAUGAUGUAGGUUUGCCAUCCCACAAAACCCUGUUCCAGAUCCAAGCAGAGCGCAUCUUGAAGCUGCAGCGACUGGCUGAAGAACAACACGGCCUGAAAUGUGUUAUCCCCUGGUACAUCAUGACAAGUGGCAGGACCAUGGAAUCGACCAGAGAAUUCUUUUUAAAACACAAAUACUUUGGCUUGAAGAAGGAAAAUGUGAUCUUCUUCCAGCAGGGUAUGCUGCCUGCUAUGGACUUUGAUGGGAAAAUUCUCCUGGAAGAGAAGGGUAAAAUUUCUAUGGCACCAGAUGGCAACGGUGGCCUGUACCGAGCUUUAGGCGCCCAUGGUAUCGUGGAGGACAUGGAACGGCGGGGCAUUGGCUGCAUCCACGUCUACUGCGUCGACAACAUUUUGGUGAAAGUGGCCGACCCCCGGUUCAUUGGGUUCUGUGUACAGAAGGGAGCUGACUGUGGAGCAAAGGUGGUGGAGAAAACCAACCCCACCGAGCCAGUUGGCGUGGUGUGCCGAGUGGGUGGUGUCUACCAGGUGGUGGAGUACAGCGAGAUCUCUUUGGCCACGGCACAGAAGAGGAGUCAUGACGGCCGGCUUCUAUUUAAUGCUGGAAACAUUGCCAACCACUACUUCGCGAUGGAUUUCCUGAAAGAUGUUGUCAGGAUUUAUGAGCCGCAGUUGCAACACCAUGUAGCCCAGAAGAAGAUCCCAUACAUGAAUGUGGCCACUGGGAAGCCUUUGAAUCCAGACAAACCAAAUGGGAUUAAGAUGGAGAAGUUCGUAUUUGACAUCUUUCAGUUUGCCAAGAAGUUUGUGGUAUACGAGGUGCUGCGGGAAGACGAGUUCUCCCCAUUGAAGAACGCAGACAGCCAAAACGGCAAGGACAACCCCACCACCGCGCGCCACGCCCUGAUGUCACUGCACCAUCGCUGGGUCCUCAACGCCGGCGGCCACUUUGUGGAUGAAAAUGGAACCCGCCUCCCUGCCAUUCCCUGCUGCACAAACGGAAGGUCAGAUGUGAUCCAAGCUGAUGUCAAUCACAAUCUGAAGGAUGCCAAUGACUUGCCAAUUCAGUGUGAGAUUUCUCCUCUCGUCUCCUAUGGGGGUGAAGGCCUGGAGGAAUUUGUGAAGGACAAAGAGUUCCAUGCGCCUUUGGUUGUCGACUGGAGUGGGGUCCAUGAGUUGGUGAAGAACGGAGUGUGAUAUUUCCUUGAAGAUCCAGAAAGUUAUGAUCUGGCUUGUUGGACUGUAAA